AAAGCACAGCAUUUGUUAGGGAAGUAUUGCUGCUUUGCGUCUUUUCUACAUUGAAAACAUCGCUGGUGCUCUCUUCGACACGAUAUGGAAGCGUUGUCACCCCCGAGCUUUGAGAGUGCCUCCAUGCAAGUCUCUGAAAUGAACUUUGGUUUGAACAUGCUUCGGCAAACUCCUGUAACCAAAUCAAUGAUAGUAUCCCCAGUCUCGGUCAUCUUCGCACUUGCCAUGGUUCAACUGGGUGCGAAAGGUCGUACAAAAUCGCAGAUCAAUAAUGUGAUCGCAAACGGAGCUGCUGACGAUGCCAUAGUAAGCUUCUGUUCGGAUCUCUUCAAGAACAUUACCAACUCACCUGGAGCGCAAGCAAGAAUUGCAAAUGGAUUCUUUUUGAGCAAAACAUUUUCGAUAAGAAAGGAGUAUGCGAGAACGAUUGCCCAGAAGUUUGACGCUGCGAUAGAAGCUUACGACUUUAAGCAAGCAGCAAAUACUGCCAAGGUUAUCGACAACUUCGUAAGUCAAAAAACUAAUGGGAAAAUCAAGAACAUCAUAACUGAUUCUGCCGUUGAAAAUGCAGACGCCCUUAUAGUAAAUGCAAUUUACUUCGAAGCAAAUUGGUAUCACAAGUUUAACAAGGGAUUCACAAAAAAGGCUAUGUUUCAUCAUUCUGCAGAUAAUAAAGAAAAGGUAGACUAUAUAAAUGAGUACAGAAAAAAUCGCAUGUAUGCUGAGAAUGAAGUCGUUCAAGUUCUAUCGCUACCCUAUAAGGACACAUCCUACUCCUUCAAUAUAUUUUUGCCCAAAAAAAGAUUCGGCAUUGAUGAGCUCCGUACAAACUUGGAUGGAGCUACGAUUCAAAAUCUGCUCUCAAAGCUGAGGUCAACGCCUUUAGACGACAUAUCAAUUCCCAAAAUGAAACUUGAAAAGGACUACGAUUUGAAACAGGCUUUGUUGACUAUGGGAGUUUCCGAUCUCUUCGAUAGCAAUUUGGCCGAUUUGUCAGGGAUUUCAGAAGACCACCUGUAUGCAUCCGACGCAAAGCAUAAAGCUUUUAUUGAGGUUGACGAGGAAGGAACAACUGCAGCCGCAGCAACUCACACCGUGUACAGACUGGCGAGCAACCGUCCCAAUCGAAGAACCCCCAAACGCUUUAUCGCAGAUCACCCAUUCAUUUUCAUUCUCACCAAGGAUAAAAAUGCUCUCUUCAUUGGGCAAUUUGUUUAAUUACCCUUUGUGCAAUAUUCAUCUUUCUCGCUCAAUAAAUGUGGAAAGCAUGGGA